AUGAAUAAAAGCUGUCUGAAAGAACAUUACUUUGAACAAUUCUUAUAUGGAGGCGGAAACGAUCAUAUUUCCAUUCCUAUCUCUUCACUCCAAGAACCACAAAUAAAGUCUCGUCAUGAUAACCAUGAGUUUACGAAUUAUCGCAAGGCACUUUCUUUACUAAUUCAUGAAAGUCACGAUUUUUCGUCUCAUAAUAAAUCUCAAAUUAUGGAAAAUGUAGCCGGAAAUUAUGAUUGGAUUGGAAAUGGAAGCAACGAAAGUGACAGUGGUAUUGGCCCUUCAAUUAUUGAUUCGAUUAUUGAGAAAGAAGUUAAUAAAAGACUUCAGCAAUCAGUGAGUGAAAAUUUUAAUUCAUUGGAUAAUCUUCCAAACUUGAAAUCAUUUGUUGAUGAUGAAUAUGGUAUUACAGAACAGCUAGACUUAAGUCUUUUACUUAAUUAUGAUAAAGAAACAACCGCAAACGAAGGAGCUGGAAUGCUACAACAAUUAAUUACGACGAAGCAAGAUCAACCUUUAGGUUGCGUUACAAGAAGUUACAAUAAUUAUAAUCAUAAUGGAAACAGAUUCGGAGAAUUUUCUGAAGGUUUAGCUACAUCAGGAAAGCGAGGAUUUAAUGACCCAGCCGAUAAUAAUCAAACGUCUUCCAAUUAUAAUGAUAACAAUUGUGAAGACGAGGAAGAAGAUUUUCAACCAAGCUCAUUUAUCAGUGCUAAUCAACAAUUGAAUGUUAACAAUCAAAAAAAAAGGUUUUACACGCCACAAAACCGACGAGAACAAUGUUCUGCUAAUCAAAAUUAUCCACCAGGAACAUUCAAAAAGAAAUCUAUUACCUUACCAUCAAAUCAAGAUCAUAAGUUACCAAAAUUCGUGUCCCCAUUAUUAGAGACGAAAAAGCAUAACGGAAGUAAAAAUUUUACAAAGCGAACAAAACUCAAUCCUAAUGUUGAAAGUGACGAAGAAAGACUAAAAAAUAUUGAUCCAAAAAUGAUUGAAAUGAUACAAAAUGAGAUCAUGGAACAGUCUCCAAAUAUUACUUGGAAUGAUAUCGCUGGAUUAGAACACGCGAAAAAAACGAUUCAAGAGGCCGUAACAUGGCCAUUGUUGAGACCUGACAUUUUUACAGGAUUAAGAAGUCCACCUAAAGGGUUAUUACUGUUUGGUCCUCCAGGGACGGGGAAGACUUUAAUUGGAAAGUGCAUUGCUAGCUCCUCAUCGUUGACUUCAAAAUGGGUUGGAGAUGGUGAAAAAAUGGUUCGAGCUUUGUUCGCGGUUGCAAGAGUAAAUCAACCUGCUGUAGUUUUCGUGGAUGAAAUUGAUUCGUUACUAACACAAAGGACUGAUGGUGAAUAUGAGUCAUCAAGACGGAUUAAGACCGAAUUUCUUGUUCAAUUUGAUGGUGUUAAAACUGCGAGCUUAGAGGAGGAUCGAAUUCUUAUCGUUGGUGCAACAAAUAGACCACAGGAAAUCGAUGAAGCUGCGCGACGCCGGUUUCGUAAGAAACUUUAUAUUCCUCUACCAGAAAACGAGGGCAGAUUUACAAUCGUGAAGAAUUUGUUAUUAAAGCAAAAGCAUCUUUUAACAGAUGAACAAAUCCGUGAUAUCUGUGGGAAAACAGCGGGAUAUUCCGGAUCCGAUAUGGAUGGACUUUGUCGAGAAGCCGCUUUGGGGCCUAUACGCAUAAUAGGCGAUAUUAGGACCAUUUCAGCUGACGAUGUCCGUCCAAUAAAUUAUCAAGAUUUUUUAGAUGCAAUAACUCAAGUCCGAGCAAGUGUUAGUGAUUGUGACUUGGAAUUGUAUCAAAGAUGGAAUCAAGAAUAUGGAAGCUUAUCAUAG